GCGGCAGGCGGAGGCCGGAAGUGGAGCGUGUCGGGGGCGGGCUGCAGGCCGCGUGGCGCGGGAAUGGAGGUGCAACAGGAGGUGCCACAGGAGGUGAUGGAGCAGCUAGAGAACUUGGCCGUGGAGCCGGGCGGGCAGCGGGCGUCCAAUCAGGAGAAGGUGCCGGGCCCUUCGGAAGGCGAUGGGGAAGCCCAGGCCCUUCAGCCCCUAGCCACGGGACCGCGCCGCUCGCCGCCGCCCGCUUCGCCCGGCGCGCCCGAUGUCCCUGCGUCCGCUUCGCCCGGCGCGCCGGGUGACGCUGCGGCCGCUUCGCCCGGCGCGCCGGGUGUCGCUGCUCCCGCUUCGUCCUCUUCGCCCGGUGUCCCUGCGCCCGCUUCGCCCUCUUCACCCGGUGUCCCUGCGCCCGCUUCGCCCUCUUCGCCCGGUGUCCCUGCGCCCGCUUCGCCCUUUUCGCCCGGUGUCGCUGUGCCCGCUUCGCCCUCUUCGCCUGGUGUCGCUGUGCCCGCUUCGCUCUCUUCGCCCGGUGUGUCUGCGCCCCCUUGGCCCGGCGCGUCGCCUUCACCCGCUGCGUCCGCUUGGCCCGGCGCGCCCUCUUCGCCCGGUGUCGCUGUGCCCGCCGUCGCCGUGCCCCCCGCGGCCGUCGUCGCCGUGACCGCUGCCGCCGCGCCCUCGUCGGACUCGGACAGUGAUUCAGAUUCAGACAGUUCAUCAACUACACUCUUCUCUUCAUCUUCAGCAGUAUCUGAUGAAGAUGAUCAUCCAAAUGAAAAGGAUAACAGAUUUUACUGUAUUAGGACAAAAGAUGAGUUGCCUAUUGAGGAACUACCUCCUGUUGAAGACUUGUCAAUAAUUCUUCCAGAUAAUGUUGAACUGAAAGUCUUUGGGACAGUUUCCAGCAUCAUUGACCAGUUAGUAAUAAUUCAAUCACUGAGAGGCCUACCUCCAGUAAACGAGGAAAGCAUAAUUUUUAAAGAAGAUAGGCAAGCAGCAGGAAAGAUAUUUGAGAUAUUUGGGCCUGUUUCACAUCCUUUUUAUGUGAUAAGAUUUAACAACUCUGAGCAUAUCAAAGAGAAAGGUAUUAAUGUGCAAGAUAGCAUGUAUUUUGCUCCAUCAGUAGAGGACUUCACCCAGUAUAUAUUUGCAGAGAAACUAAAACAGGAAAAAGGUUCAGAUGCGUCUUGGAAGAAUGACCAAGAACCACCACCUGAAGUUUUGGAUUUCAGUGAUGAUGAAAAAGAAAGAGAGGCAAAAGAGAAGAAAAAGAAGCCUCAAAGUCGAGGAAGAAAGAAAGUCAGAUCAGAAACACUUCCAUCAAGUGAGAAUAAUGAACUUCUUCUGUCAGUACAACGGCCUCCUUCAAGUUACUCAAGGGGAUACUGUGGCAGAGGGUUCUCCUUCUCCAGGGAUCUAUUUCCUCCUCCAUCAGGCCCUCGAGGGUUUUUCAGACCAAAUGUAAGACCACCACCACCACUGUACUUUUCAGACAGGAGGAUAUACCAGGAAUCACCAGUGUUUCCACCACCUCACAGAAGAGAAAAUCCAAUGAUGCAACAGUAUCCCUUUCCUCCUCCAGAUUUUGGUUAUGUCAGUGAUGCACAUCACUUCUACCCUCUGCCUCCAAAUAUGAAUAUGAUGUGGGGAGGCCCAAACGUGUACAAUUCACCCUACUCAUUUCUGCCACCACCACCGCCGCCACCGCCACCUCCUCCAGCCAACUGUCCUCCUCAGUUCAGGCCUUACUAAGAUUGCUUAUGUGUUCAUGUAGAGCACUGCAGUUUACAGGGAGAAAGAACAGCCUGCCAGGACUGCAUUCCCUUAUUUUGGAGAUGCUUUCUUUUACUGCAGAGGUAGAACAAAUUCAGAGUUUUGUGCUUUGUGGGACAUGCGUAGAAAAUUAUUUUUUUCUACAUAUAUUUUCUGUUCCCAUAAAUAAAUUUAUAUGCUAAAAGUAACUGGAUAUUAAGUAAUGGUUUAUUUUUAUAAUAUCUACUACUUUUAAGAUGCUAAAUAAAAGCCUUUUGGAGACUGGUAUGUAGUGUGGAAAUCUAUUUUGUAAUAAAUGUAGGGGUUUAUAUAACUACUGUUAAGUAGCAAUUAAGGUAUUUCACAUAGACAAUAUUUUAAUAUUUUUAGAAUAGCGGUGUAUUGCCAUGCUUAAAAUUUUUUCUCAAUUUCUGCAAAUUUUGAAACCUACAUGGGAACUGAAAAUCUAAAUCUAAAUAUUGAGCUAGGCUUUCCACUAUGUAUAAGGCAUAAACCACUGUCGAGCUUUCAAAAUUUCACUAAUUUCAUAUUAACUAAGAGACUAUAUCUGGAUGGUUCUUUUUUAAAAUAUCUGGAGUAGCUAGAUCUGAAUUUGGACCAGCAGCUGACUUGCUGUGUCAUUCAGUGUUCUGCAAUGGCUGUUGAAGAUCAACCUAUUCAUGGGAUGUUUUGCAUUUAAUUUAAAAUUUAAAACCAGCAUAAUUUUUCUAGCUUAUCUCUAACUUCUCUAGCUCGUAAUGCAGAGAUGCUCAUAAAUACCUAGUAGUGUGUGCAGUCAGCCUUUCUAGGAAGAAUUCAGGUCUAUCGGGGAGAGAAAACCAUUUCAGAACUCCCUUGUUUAAAUUGCUAAAUGCAAAUGGCACUAGGUUGCUAUUUGAUUACAGUCUAAACUGUUUCUUCUGUAAUUACAAGGUUCAUCAAUUCUCCCAGCUUGUUUCUGGGAGGGAGGUGAAGUUACCAACCAAGGAUCUCUUUGUAGAACCUCUACCUGUCCAAAGAGCAAGUCCUAAAAUUGCACUUCCCUAGUCUCUGUGGAAGUGACUCUGUCUGACUAGGAGGUAAGACUUUGCACUGCAACAAUAUUUUAUAAAGAGGAGGAAAAAGAACUUGUGGGACAGACAUCUUAAAGAUUAUUUUUUGACUGAAAAGUCAUUACUAGCUGUGAUGAUUUUUGAAUCUUUGCCAAUACAGUCACCUUGAACUGAUAAAAGUGUGCAGUAUGUAUUUCUAUUCUCAAACUCAUUUUGACCUUAUUACUUUAAAUAUGUAAUUAAAGGCUAAGUAAGCUGUGCAGAUGUUACUUAGACUUUCAUUCCAGAUGGCUUUAAGAAUGAAGCAAGAUUUAAAUGCAGAGAGGAAGGGAAGGGACUGCCUUGUCAAGAUGGUGCAACUCAAAUAGAAUUUAAUUUCAGCCUUGAAAUGUUGCUAUAAUAUAUUUAAAUGCCAAUAUUCUUGGAUAUAUCUAGAGCUACUGUUUCAUGGGUGUGCAGCUGAGAAGGUUAUAUAGAUGUCCAUUUAUGGCAAACAGGUGCUCUACAGUGGCAGCAAAUAGUUUCAGAAGAGCAGCAUUCCAGACAUUCAUGUUUAAAUCAGUUCCUGCAGAUUAUUUUUUGUAGUAAAAAGAAUGCCCAGUUUUAGUGUUUUGUAAGUGUUUAUGUUACAGGGGAAAGAAGGUGCAGAAUUUCUGUCUGUUUAAGCUGUAACCCAGAUAUGACCAUUCCCAGUGUUAAGGGAUGGUACAUGUUACAAGUGAAUUAUCAAAUGUAAAAGCAUUUCCAAGUCAGUUAUGCAGUAAGGAGGAAGAAACUGUCAACAUCGCAACUUGGGGUGCCAGUGACUUCCUGUAUGUCCCUGGCACAGACAUCAUCAUCAGCCUUGAGAUACAAGGGGGCAGCUGAAGAGUUAACACCAAGAACAGGAGUGAGGUACUAGGAAGUACAGCUACAACAGUCUUUGUUACUACUAUUGCAACAGGUGUUUUUUUAUAUAUGGUAAUGUUCACUCUUUUUCUGCAAUAAUUGGAUCUGAACUAAUAAUUCUUUGAUUAAGCUGUUAAUAUUUCUCUUAGAGAUGUGUUCUCCUUUCCCAUAAUAAUAUUUUUGCAUGUGGCAAAGUGCUAUAUAAAGUUGGGCUACAGAAUAUAGCUUGACAGAAAUAUGCUGCAAUCUAAGGCCUUUUACUAAUUCUUACUUGUUAACUGCAAUACUGGUUUUGUGUCCACUUGCCUGAUUGCUAGGCUUUGGGCUGUGAUUGGUCAAAUAUAAGUAUUUUCUGGUAGAGAAAGUAGAGGAAAUAACAAUAUUCUCUAGUAGUUGAAAAUUUCUCUAUUUCUGACUCCUGUUACCUAUUUUCACAUUCAGACUGGAAAGCUGCAAUAGAACUCUGCCACACCUGUAAUAUUUUUAGUUAUUCCCCCUUUUUGGGGCAUUUCUUCAUAGACUACUUUCCAGAGAAAGCUUAAGGCAUGGGAUGUAGGGGUGAGACUUGAGGAAAAGAGAGGCUUAGGGGAAGAUUUGCUAUGAUUUUUCAAUAGGCUGAGAUUUACAUGUAGAAGUAUGGAUGCAGUAAACUAUUGGACUGUGUAAAUUACUGUGACUGGUAACAUGGGAAAUGGAAAAUAUAAUCCACAUCUGACAACAUUCCUCUUAAAUUUAUAAACAGAAAUGGUACUGGACUCAUCUUGGAGGUGAACAGCAAAAGGACAAACAGGUUUCUUAACGGAAAAUUCUGAUGUGGUGUGGGAAGCAGGGUAGCCAUAGAUAGCUUGGAGAGAUGGUGGGAUCUCCAGUCUUUGAGGGAUUCAGAAUUUGACUUUGGACAAUAGCCUGGGGGGAUGUAAUGUCCAAGUUAGUAAUUCUUCAAGUGGAGAGGUAGACCAGGUAGUCUGUGAAAUCCACCAAGCUCAAACUAUUCUUUUCAUACUAUCAUUGUUCUGGAGUUCCAUCUUCUCACCAGAGUUUUUUUUUGUCUCUAGAUGCUAAGAGGCAUAAAUAGCCGAGCCUGAAUUACAGGUUUUUGGCAAGCCUAGCUUUUCAUUUAUGCUACUGUAAUCUUUCAUUGUACCUCAGAUUCUUAUAAAUAAUCAUGCUGUUCUGAAAGCUGGACUUGCUGCAGAAGAUAAUUACUGCUUCCAUUUCACUGGAUGUAAGAUUAAUUGAAGAAUUGUUCCUUUAUUAGUUGUUUGGAAACUAAUGGUAAUGAGAGUCUUAGUUGCUGUCAUUUUCUCUUAGGAGGUAAAGCAUUUUGUAUUGUACAAUUUAUUUUGAGAAUGUUACCAAGGAAUAACUACCCAAAACUUUUUUUUUUUUUUCCCUCAAAUGCAGCCACAAAAAAACCCCUGAGAAUUGCUUUUUACAAAUAUUCUCUGAUGUAUGGAUUUUUGCCUUAGAGGAGACCUUUUUAAUAAAGCAAGGCAUUCAUGCCAGGGUGCCUGUUAGUGACAUGCAGGUAAAAAUAAGAAAUAAGCAAGUUUUUUUGUAGGUUAUAUUUAGAUAUUUCCAGGUUCCAUUUUCUGUUUCUUUGCAACUCAAAAGUAUAGCCAGUUAUUCUUGUGUAGUGAAUUUAAUGAUGCACAUAAUCUGAUUUAAAGGAUUCAUGAAUCUGCACAAAACAGUUGAUAACUUUGUUACGGUGACAGGCAGAAAAAUGGAAAAUACUGCCAAUGAUGACAAGGCUUUUACAGAACGGUUUACCUGUCAAGGCAAAUACAUAAUUCUGGAAAGCAUGAAUAAUGGUCUUUCUUUAUUUCAGUCACUGUAAAGCUUAGUCAGAAUUACUGAAUGUGGGGUAGCCUUCACUUGCCAUGAAUUAAAUCUGUUGGAACUAUGGAAGAAUACUAUUGUUGAUUUUCCUGUGAAUCUGAUGCUCUGCAAUUUUUAGGCAAUGUUUUGCAAAAGUGCUUUAUUAGAAUUUGCUCUUUGGCUGCUGAGGUUUGAAAUCAAUGGAAAUUAUGAAUCACAGAGUGGUUUGGAUUGGAAGGAGUCCUAAAGACCAUCUGGGUCUGACCUGCAGAAAGCUAGACAGUUUUACACAGGGACAGGAGUACAGUAAUUUCACGAAUACAAGCCGCACUGUAUAAGCCGCAUCUCUGGGUGUUGGCAAAUAUUUCGUUU